GAUGAUUUAAUUUCCAAAACCCUCAAUAAUCUUUUAUUCAGUGAAUCGUUGGCUGUUAAUCAUUUACACGAGCAGUACAAAUUUUCACCUUGGUCAAUUAAUCUGUUUCAUUAUUCACUACAUUCAAUUAAAAAAACUUUGCAAUCCAAUGGAAAAAUAGUUGUUUCUGGCAUUGGAAAAAGUUAUAAGCUUGCGAAAAAAAUGGUUGCAACUCUAUCUUCAUUUUCGAUUAAUUCAGCUGCUCUUCACCCUGUUGAAGCUUUGCAUGGUGAUUUAGGUGUGAUUAAAGAAGGAGAUGCACUUAUUGUUAUUAGUUCUUCUGGUAACUCAAUAGAAAUAUCACAAUUACUAAAUCAUGUUGAUAAUGAAGUUAAAAUUAUUUUAUUAACUUGUCAAAGAAACUCAAAAUUAGAAAGAAAUGAAAAAGUGAACAGUCUUAUAUAUGCCGAAUUACCUUUUUCAUGCAAAGAAGAAAAUGUUUAUGGUAUAAAUGCACCAACGAUUAGCACUACAUUGUUGAUGAUUUUAGCCGAUUGUUUUUCUGUUUGCUUAUUCAAAUCUUUAACAAAUGACGACGACGAGAGGAAAAUAUUGUUUGGCAAUAAGCAUCCUGGAGGUGCAAUAGGUGAAGCUUACAAU